AUGCAAGACAUUGCAAAUGAUAAAAAUAAUGAAACUUUUGAUGAUUGUGUAAAAGCAGAGUCAUUAAAACCUAAAAGAUGGGAUGAAGGAUUAGAAAAGCCCGCAGUUGAUUAUGGUGAAUUAUUUGAAGAAGGAACUGGUAGACUUCCUGGUCUUAGUGUUUGGGAAAUAGAAAACUUUUUGCCAAACUUAGUUGAUGAAGUAGCUUAUGGAAAACUUUAUAGAGGAGAUUGUUAUAUUGUUUUGCACACAACUAUUAAUGUUACAUCAGAUAGUUUAUGUUGGAAAAUUUUUUUCUGGAUUGGAGAUAAUGCUUCACUUGAUAAACGAGCAUGUGCUGCUAUACAUGCUGUUAAUUUAAGAAACUUUUUGGGAGCUGAAUGUAGAACUAUACGUGAAGAAUUAGGUGAAGAGUCAGAAGAGUUUUUAUCAUUAUUUGAUUCACCAUUGGUUUAUAUUGAUGGAGGUCGCACUGCUAGUGGAUUUUACACAGUUGAAGAUAUUACUUAUUUUACACGCAUGUUUAGAGUACAUGCUCAUGGUACUUCUGUCCAUUUAGAACCAGUCAAAUUAUGUUAUACAUCUUUGGACAUUGGAUAUGUAUUUAUUUUGGAUGCUGGUUUAUCAAUUUUUCUAUGGCAAGGUUCUAAAGCAAAAAACACGCUUAAAUCUAAAGCAAGAUUAUUGGCUGAAAAAAUUAACAAAAAUGAAAGAAAAAAUAGUGCAGAAAUAUUUAUUGAAGAAUUUGGCGAAGAAAGUAAAGAAUUUCGUGAUUUAUUAGAAAUGGAUGAUACAUUUGACUCGUCUGUUGAUGUUCAAGCUAAUGUGGAUGAAAAUUUUGAACCACCACGUCCUCGUUUAUAUCAAGUGAAAUUGGGUAUGGGCUACUUAGAACUACCUCAAGUUGAAAUAUUACAUAAUACUUUAGAGCAUUCACUUUUAAAUUCUAAAAAUGUAUAUAUUCUUGAUUCGUCUACUGAUUUAUACGUUUGGUUUGGAAAAAAGUCAACACGGUUGGUGAGAGCAGCUGCUGUUAAACUCUCUCAAGAAUUAUUUUCUAUGAUUGAACGUCCAGAUUAUGCAUUAACAAUGCGAAUUCAAGAGGGAAAUGAACUUCAAAUCUUUAAAAUAAGAUUUGUUGGGUGGGAAGAAGUUAUUGCAGUAGAUUUUACUAGAACUGCUGAAUCUGUUCAAAAAACUGGUGCAGACCUUACUAAAUGGGCUAUGAAACAAGAAACUAAACAUGAUUUAGCAGCAUUAUUUACUCCUCGUCAACCACCUAUGUUGCUUAACGAAGCAUUACAGCUAAUGCAAGACUGGAAUGAUGAUUUAGAUCAAAUGGAAUCUUUUGUUUUGGAAGGGAAAAAAUUUGUGAGAUUACCUGAAGAUGAAUUAGGACAAUUUUAUAGCAAAGAUUGUUAUGUAUUCUUGUGUCGUUAUUGGGUACCUGUUGAUGAUGAAGAAGGAAAUGAAGACAUAUCAGAGGGUCAGCCUGAAGAUUUCCAAUGUGUUGUAUAUUUCUGGCAAGGACGAGAUGCAUCAAAU